AUGAGAAAGAACAUCCGCCAACGGGAACGAAGGAGGAAAGAAGUCGCAUACGACGAUUGCACACUCGAGGACUCCUUCUUCCGAGUUGACUGGCGAAUGAAGGAGGACCCAAACGUGGACUACGAACUGCUGCUCAAAGGACUGCGAGCAUGUGCUGAACGUUCCUUGAAGCCGCUCACGACAAACUUGGAUCGAAUUUCAAAGACCAUCAAAGAAUUGUUAGAAAAAAGGACUCUGAUUCCUGAUCCGAAUGCAUCGUACACUGAGCGGGCGCUGUAUGAAGCUCAGCCUCAAGAACAAGCUGGAUUCCGUCAGGGGUUCAGCUGCAUGGACCACAUCCAGACCGUGUCGUGGGUCAGAGAUUCAACGUCGCUCACGAAACUGAAGGACAUCAUGGAUGACAAUGGCAAGGGAAUGAAACGAAGAAAAGAAAAGGAAAAGAUGCUGGGGGCCGCAUGUCUAGUAAAGAUGGACCAUCUAAGGUUCGUAUUCGAGAAGGUUUCGCAUCCCAUCACUACGCUUGAUCCUGGUGACAGUUAG